AAGAAUCGGAGGGUAGCCAUGCGCUCUCUGCGGUUCCUAAGUGCGGAGGCUCUGGUAUCCAACUCGCAGCAGGUCAGGAGGAAUCUCAGCAGUGUCGCCCACAACCUUUUCCCUCUUCUUUUUAAGGCUGGUUACUUACAGGAGCAGGGGGAUGUGAUCCAUGACCUGGUGGAAAACUGGCCACUGCCAGAACUGAACAUCGGGGAACUGCUGGGCAAGACAGCAGAUGACCAGGAGGACCUCAGUAGCAGAGCCUGCUGCGUGUGUUUGUCCAGCUGUCUUGCUGGUCUGAGAGACUACGUGUUAAAUUGUUCCUCUCCAUAUGCAAAGCGACUCAGAACGGUGGACCUAACAGGUAUCAAAGAUGUGGAAGUUCAACGUUGCAAGUGUAAGAAGGCCCUGGGGCGGUGGGCCAGGACGGAGCUUCUCUGCAAGAUCUGCUUUGAUCUGCUUAUCGAUAUUCAAAGGCAGCAGCUUGGUCCCUUUGUUUCUGAGAUCUCAGUCGACCUCCUUGUCAACCUCUUUGUUACGGAAAGAAGUUAUGAGUUGGCUGUUCAGGCCUUGCUGUUGAGGUGCCACAGCCCACUGAAGAUUCGCUGUGUGGCCUUCAGAGCGGACAACCUGGCCCCACGGAAGCUCUUUUACAUCAUAAAACUCGCAGAGCCCCAUUUGCUGCGCAGAUUCGAAGUGGUCCACAACGUUCGGCUGGAAAUGGAGCAUUUGCAAGUGCUGUUCAACAAUGUCCACUUUCCUCAGCUGACAGCGCUCAUGCUCCCAGCCAGGACAUUUGACGUGAGAAGAUUCACUCCAGAGGAUGAAGCCACCCUUGCAAGAAUGGGAGAAAAGCUAAGCCAGAUGACCCAACUGACUGAGUUGAGCCUGCCAUUUUCCCCCCUCACCGGAAGGAUACGCAAACUGCUCAGCCCACUGAAAACCCCUCUGAAAGUCCUAGAUGUCUCUAACUGCUCCUUAAACCAUGUGGACAUGGCAUAUUUAGCCAAUAGCCUUCAUUCGAACCACCUGGAAGUUCUAGAUAUCAGUGGACAUGAUGUGACUGACCUGUACCCAUCCACCUUCUUCAAACUUCUGAACCACUCUUCUCACACCCUGAAGACCCUCACCCUGGAGGAGUGCAACAUCCAAGACAUCCAUGUCAACAUGUUGAUUUUGGGGUUGGUCCCCUGCCGGAAGCUAGAGGAGCUGAAGUUCCUUGGAAAUCCUCUGUCUUCUCGUGCGUUGAAAUGCCUUUUCAAUAUUUUUGUUGACUUUCCGAGACUGAAAUAUAUUGAAUUCCCAGUUCCAAGAGACUGUUAUGCAAACGACAUUAGUUAUCCAAUAAAUGAAGCUGAUCUUUCAAAAUUUGAUCACCAGCAAUAUGAGAGAAUAGAUGAGGAACUUCGUAUGAUUCUACUGCAGGCAAAGCGCGAGGACAUAAAGGCUUCUACGCCGCUCUAUGGUGCUUAUGACGCAGCAGUACAAGAAACAGGAAAUGAACUGGGAUGCUUUUUGCUGAAGUCUUUCAGAGAUGCCCUAGAAAGCUUCAGUAUGGCGCUACAGGAAAUUAACUGAAGUUUAAAGCUGACAAAUGGUGCUUUUCAAAUCCAUGAAUCAAAGUCAAGCAUUCAUUGGUUGAUAUUG